UAGUUCUGUGGACGCACGAUCUCUCCUUGCUGACUCACUCCCUCAUGAAUUUCUGGGUUGAAGAUAUUGGAAUUUGUCUCGAGCUUUUGGUCAACUGGUCUUGCUCUUGGACUCUUGGUUCGAUUCAAAAAUCUUCAAGCUUGGCCAAGCUGUGGUGUGACCGUCCCUUCUGGACUGAAGAUGGUAUGUGCCUCCUGCGUGACUGCAGCGUCUACGAAUGCCCGGAAAAUGAAUUUUCGAAACCUUUCAAGAGGCCCUUUCACCGUGGCCUUCCAUCCGACAGUUUGGUUUGUCAAGAUGACAAGCUGCAGGGUUGUGUUGACCGCACUCUAGACAGUAGGGCUUUCAGAGGCUGGAUUGAGACAGAUAACCCUUGGACAAAUGAUGACGAGACUAAUAAUGGUAAUUGUCAUUAUUACCACAACCCUCUAUUAUCUUCUACCUUCUGUGCAGGAAGAGAUUUUUGGUCCAGUUCUUCUUUGCUUGGAGGCUGACAGUCUAGAAGAGGCAAUAAGCAUUGUUAACAGAAAUAGGUUGGUAUCAACGUUCCUAUUCCAACAAUAAGGCAUCUUUUGCAGGGGAUUUGAACUUCUAUGGUAUUACCCAUCUUUUACUAGUUACUUGACUUUAUUUCAAUAUCAAUUUGCCUGAACUUUCAUAUCAGUAAGUGUAGUCCCAAGUCUCAUGCUCAUCCUCCCUCUCUUCACUUGAUUUAUGUUUCUCUAUCUGAAAACUUUUCACUUAUCUAUGUAGAUAGAAAACGGACACAUAUCUUGAGGAAGAUGGAGGAAGAUCCCUGCAAAGCUUUUCUUGAAGUAGAGGAAGAAAAGUACCUUGUAUUAUCUUGUAAACUCUUGUAUAAGAGCUUCAUUUCUUUUGUAACAUUCAUGAGAAAAAUCAAAAUGUAACAUUCCCUUUUCAAUAUAUGUUUAAUUCCUUUUUGUA